AUGCAUUCUUCUGCCGUCCUUCUCGGCCUCGGCGCCACCCUGCAGGGUGCCCACGCCUGGGGCUCUCUUGGCCACGCCACGGUUGCCUAUGUGGCGCAGGAUUUCGUGACUGCCGACACCAAGGCGUGGGCGCAGGGCGUGCUCUCGGACACGUCGACGUCGUACCUGGCCAGCAUCGCGUCGUGGGCGGACUCGUACCGGGCCACGGCUGCGGGCAAGUGGUCGGCGCCCUUCCACUUCAUCGACGCUGAGGACAGCCCGCCGUCGAGCUGUGGUGUCAACUACGACCGCGAUUGCGGCAGCACCGGCUGCUCGAUCAGCGCGAUUGCCAACUACACGCGUCGUGUCAGCAGCAGCUCGCUCUCGGCGGCCAACGUCGACCAGGCCCUCAAGUUCCUGGUCCACCUCGUGGGCGACAUCACGCAGCCGCUGCACGACGAAUCGCUCGAGCGGGGCGGCAACGAGAUCACGACCACCUUUGACGGCUACUCCUCCGACAACCUGCACGCCGACUGGGACACGUACAUCCCGGAGAAGCUGACGGGUGGCAGCAGUCUCGCCGUCGCCCGCACCUGGGCCACCAACCUGACGACGGCCAUCAAGACCGGCAGCUACAAGAGCGCCAAGGCUUCCUGGAUCGACGGUGAUGACAUCACCGACGCCAUCACCACUGCCACCCGCUGGGCUUCCGAUGCCAACGCCUACGUCUGCACCGUCGUCAUGCCCGACGGCGUUGCUGCCCUGCAGUCGGGCGACCUCUACCCGACCUACUACGACAGUGUCGUGCCCACCGUCGAGCUGCAGAUCGCCAAGGGUGGCUACCGCCUCGCCAACUGGCUCAACAAGAUCUACGAAGCCGACAUCGCCACCAAGCGCCGCCGCUCCGCCGAGCCCGUGGCCAUGGCCCAGCCCCAGCCUGAUCUCAGCGGCGCCGACCUGCUGCCGCCUCCCCGUGCCCUCAGCAAGGCCAAGCUCGCACGCGCUGCUAUGAGCGGCGAGUGCUGCACCCAUGCGCACUGA